AAGAUAUUAAUCGAAGGCUUUUAAUACAGCUCUUACUUGGCGGAAAGAUCAUUUUAAUCAAGUGCCUGUGAGACAGCGGGUCUAGGACUCGAGACCGUCGUGUCGGUCGUUGCAUCCCGCACUGCCGCCACGAACCGCGAUCGAGAUCUUUGUGUCUGACGAGAAGCGACAAAAGAAGAGUGGGAGAGAAACGAUUAGAGGAAGCCAAGCGAGCGAGCGAGCGAGCGAACGAAAGAGAGAGAGAUAGAGAGAGAGAUCGAGAAAAUGACUCCCACUCGUGACAAUGAAGAGAUAGAGGGGCGCUCGUAUAAAGACUAUGCUUACAGUCCUGUAUCAGUGAGUUCCUCUUCGGCCGUGUUUGAUACCGCCACCCCUGGCAAAGAAUCAGUGGAGCUAACAAGUACAGAACGUGGCAGGGAAUCGUGUAGGACAUCGUUCCGCGCCGUUGACAAUUAUCGCCCGGAAAAUAUGACGGAAAAAGGUUCCAAGCUCAUUCAGAUCCUGGCCGCUGCGGCGGGUAAUCUAUGUAUCGUGGCGACUGGUGCGAUGCUUGGAUGGACGAGUCCGGUCCUUCCUAAGUUAGAAGAAGACGGUGGACCUUUAGGAUCGCCGAUCAGCAAAGAUGAAAAUUCGUGGAUAGGAUCUCUAGUGGCUCUUGGUACAAUCCCCGGUAGUUUCGUAGCGGGAUAUCUCGGAGAAAGAUGGGGUCGCAAACGAACAGCACUAUUUGCCGUCGUGCCAUUUUCAAUUGGGUGGGCGUUAGUCGCUUCCGCAGGUCACGUUGCUCAGCUUUAUGUUGCGCGACUAAUAUUUGGAAUCGCUCUGGGUAUUCCAUUCACGAUUCUACCUAUGUAUUGUGGCGAAAUUGCUGAGACUUCCAUCAGAGGAGCGUUGGGCUCGUUUCUUCAACUUUUUAUCACGAUUGGAUUAUUGUAUUCUUAUGCUAUCGGGCCUUUCGUUAGCUACACUGUCUUUUGGAUUCUAUGUGCCAUUCUGCCAGUACUUUUCUUCGUCUGUUUCGUAAUAAUGCCGGAGUCUCCGUACUAUCUUCUUAGUAAAGGCCGCAGAGACGAAGCGAUCAUGGCUCUGGCAAAGCUUCGAAGUAAAUCCGAAGCAGCUGUCCAGAAGGAAGCCGACGAAAUGCAGAUGGCAAUCGAUGAGGCUUUCAAAGAUAAAGUCAGCAUUUCGGAUCUGUUUAAAGUAAAAGCCAAUUUAAAAGCCCUUAUUUACACCUGUGCCUUAGCUUCCUUUCAACAAUUUACUGGUGUCAAUGUCGUGCUAUUUUAUAUGCAAAACAUUUUCAUUGCUGCCGAGAGCUCCGUCCCAACGGAACAAGCACCGAUUAUCAUUGGUGUCGUGCAAGUAUUAGCAUCAGCAGUAACACCCUUGAUCGUAGAUAGAUCGGGUAGAAGAAUGCUCCUCGUUUUUUCUGGCAUUGGAGAAACAAUCAGUUUGAUUGCUCUGGGCUUGUAUUUCUACCUGAAAGACGUGCAGCAUGCGGAUGAUGUGGUGGCGCAGAUAUCCUGGCUACCGGUAGUUUCGCUCGUCAUUUACAUCUCCACUUAUAGCGUGGGUUGGGGUCCCCUUCCAUGGGCCGUGAUGGGCGAGAUGUUCGCCUCGAAUGUCAAGGCCAAAGCCUCCGGCAUAACGGUUUCUAUCUGUUGGUUCCUGGCCUUUCUCAUCACCAAGUUUUCCUCAAACAUGGAACGUGCAUUCGGCAAUUACGCGCUCUUCUGGAUGUUCGGCGCGUUCUGUAUCGCCAGUAUUCUCUUUACAGUGUUUUUAUUGCCGGAAACGAAAGGCAAGAGCUUGCAACAAAUUCAGGACGAGCUUAAUGGAGUGAGUUCGACCACUCUAGAUAUGGAGAACGGCACGAAAAAGUGAAGAUUAACGCGAUUUCUCAUUUUGAAUGUAUAUUAAAUAUCUAGUGAGUUCGCGACACCUUAAAGAGAUUAGACACUAUUAUUUAUAAAUUAAAACUUCUAUGUUCUCGAUAAAAUAGAAUACAUGAUGACAGAUUUCGCAUUUCUUAGGAUAACAAAAAAAUUAAGUAUGACUCAAAAAUGUCACAACUGGCCGGAUUGUGUCACGUACGUGCCUAUCGUUCUACUGCCAGAUUUAUAGAAAUAUAAACGAUAUGGACAUAUUUUUAUGCCUGGACUAUUGUCCAGCCUGUUAUUAUUAGCACUGAAUUACAGACAAAUAUAACCGUGAUUAAUAAAUAAAAUAUAGCCAAAAUAAUUCAAGUUUCACGAGAGAUUUAAAAUUAUCAAUAUUUAAUUUUUUAAGUAAAUUUUGAAAAUUUAUUUAACAGAUACAGUCUAUUUUUUUUUUUUUUUUUUUCAUAUACGCGGAUAAUUCUAUGCUAUUCUCUAUAUGCGAUCGAAAAAAUUUCAUCGUUUUCGGAAAAUGUUACAUUACAUUACAAUUAUACGUAUAUAAUAGAAAUUAUACUAAAACAUAUUUAUAAAUAUUUUCGCGUUGAUAUUUCGGUACGUUUAAAUAUCCGUUUGUUUGCUAAGUAUAAAAAAAAAAUGUGAUAUGCUAUAUAGUAAUCGCUCCUGCAAACAUUUUCCAGCAAGUUCCUGUCUAGCCCGUGAUUGGAAAACGUCGUAAUAAAAUAAUCAGUAAUAAUAAUUAUUCAACUUUUUUAUCUUUUAUCGAGAUUUUUAUAGUAUUAUAUUCUGACUAUACAUAGAUGUAGAGCGAGACAAAAAACCAAAAAGAUUAUUCUUUUGCGACGUAUUUCUCGUUCACGAGUGAGAGACUAGUCAUUUUGUAACAUAUCUGUAUAAAAAAAUGUAAUUAUUUAAUAUGAUACUGAAAAUAUUGAAAUCUAAAAGGAUAUUUUACACAUUGAUUGAUUAUCAUAUUAUUAAAAUGAAAGAUAAAACUGCCUAAUAAAUUAGUAAAUUAUAGUGAUUACAUGAAGACGUGUGAGUCAACUUUGUUGUUAUUAAUAAAUGUUAAUAGCAACAAAGUCGUUAUCAAUAUAUUUAAUUACAACAAAGCAUAACUCUUCCAUAUCUUGCAAACAAUUUAAAUUAUUAUAUAAUUAAUGCGUAGGUGAUAAAAAAUAAUAUUUAAGGAUACCGUAUUAGUAUAAUUGAUUUUUAAGUUAGUUUUAAAUUAUUUGGCGUGAUUAUGAUAACUACGGCCUUUUAUUUAAAAGAUCAUUUCUGAAACAACUUUCCACAUUAUAUUUAAAAUUAUAUAAGACAACAUUUAUGAAUAUAAAGAUUUGAGUUGAACCUCGAUUUGUGUGAAAAAUGGAAAAACCCAAGGAGUUUUGUCUCUAGAAAUGUAAACACUUUUUCUAUGUUAACUUUAUACAAAUACAACGUAAUCAAACUUUAUUUUACCUUAUUUUAUAACAGAAAAAACAUUAAAACCGUAAAACUUUAAAAUUACAUAGCUCGGAAACUAUUGGACAAAAAUUUUUUUUACUAUUUUUCCCAUGUUUUCCGUUAAAAAUGCUUUCAGCAACGAUCGUUUAAAUGGUGGCCGCAGCCAUCGCAAUCACGCCAAUUACUUUGUUUUUAAAUAAGUAAUAUUCUAAUAUUAUAUUUAAUAUUAUUUUUUGUUAUUUAUAUUGUAUAACUAACAUAUAUAGUAAUACUAUGUUCAAUUGUACAAUGUGUAUUUUUUCUUCUCAACUCAAAGAAGUUGGAUGAAUUUUUAAUUUAAUUAAAUUAUCUUAAUAUUAUUUAAAAAAAUAUUAGAAUUACAUGACAUAAAAAUCAAGUAAUCUGAUAAAAUGUUUUUUUAAAUUUUUCUUAGCUGGCAUUAUUUUCAAAAUGUAAUUUUAUAGAUUAAAAUAUAAAAUCAAUUAAAAAUUUAAAUUAUAAAAGUGAGAAUCUACUCGAUACACAAAUAAGCGCUAGUCUUAUGUCGAUUAACACAAACAAAUUUUUUUAUAAACAUUUUACACAGUACAAGCAAGUAAAUUGAUUAGAAGUGUUAAAAUAAUCUUUUGUAAAAUAUGUAUGAGAGUGCCUGUAAGAGAUUUAUUUUGCCUUCCUGUACUGAAACGUUAAAAUUUUAUACAAAAAACAAAUUUAUUUUUAAAAAAAUGAACAAAUGCCAUUCGAUAUUGCUCUAUUACAAAUCAACUGUAUACAUGUUGACCAUAUAUGUAUUGUAUAUAUUAUAUAUAUUUUAAUAUACAAUUAUUCACUAAAACUUUUGUACAGAAUUAUUACUACAAUAAAUAAAGUAUAAGAAUAUUUAAAUAAA